AUGAUAACUGUUGAGACUGCUAGCCUAUAUAGGAGUACCACACUCGGCUGGAAUGCUCUCAGCAAGCUCGGUAAGCCAUGGAACCGCAAUUUCGUUGCUCUUGUCCUGGAGGUCCACAGCGAACCAUAUUGGAAUUCCUUAUUUGUUGAACUGCUUGUUUUCCAGGAAUACGUUUCAAUCCUCGCCGUAGCAGCUCAGGUCGCCCAUGAGGAGCAGGCACAGGUCGCGGAAGGCCGGCCGGCCAGCAGAACACACCGGACGAGGGAUUGCCUCACGAUGAUAUGCCGCCAUUUUCCCGCCUGCUUCUCGUCCACCUGCUGCCCUCGCGGAUCUAGUGCCCACGCCCUAAGGUACAGGAAGGCAUGUGCGUUUGUAAGGAGGGUACUAGCUCAUGGAGGCCAGGCGCUGUGGGUUCGCGUCCCAUGGUGGUCGAAAAACGGCAAGUGCGGGUCGCGUGGCCUGGUGAUGGCAAGUAGUUAUCCUCCUCAAGCACCUGAGGCAAGGGGCCCAGCGGGUCGCGUCCGGUCGGGGCAGCUAAUCGAUGCGGAGCUCUUGGCACCGCCUGAGGUGGAUCCCGUGCAACUAUCUCGGAGUAUGUUCUCGCAGCCCGCGUCCCGCCCUCCCCCAGCACCGCUCACCAACCUCCACCUCAAAAAAGUGGCACGACUGGACACCGCCGCCGCGGCUGCCACCGCCGCCGCCGACGAACACGCGGACGGCGCAGGCGGCCGCGGCGCCACCGCGGCAGCGCGCAUCCGCAGUGCUCGUAGCGCCCGCAGCGCGCGGAGCGUGACCGCAAGCUCUGUUCGUGGAGGUCGGGCGGCUUUCAGUAUCGUGUCGGACGAGGAGGUUAUUGAUGUGGAGGCUGACGGGUACGACAAUGAUGCUGUCACGCCUGGCGGGGGGGAUGCCGUCGGAGGCCCCGGCCAUCGUACCCAUGGCAAUAACCGUGCCGGUCCCCUUGGCAUGAGCGGUAUUGCGGGACUGGCGGCGGAUGAGCACGGCGGUACGGGUCUCCUGGAGGAGCUGGAGGCGGAUACUCCUGCCGUACGACUGGAGGAGGUGAAGGCGGACCUGGAGGCGGCUAUGCAGCAACCCAAACCUGACCCAUGGGCCGUGGUUCGGUUGGCCCAGAUGGCCCUGGGUCAUGCCAAGGUGGUGUGCCGUACCAUGCCGGGGGUGGUGAAGGAGGAGCCCCUGUUGCUGGCCAAGGCCCACUACUCCCUGGCCCGGGCGUAUCAGGGACUGGGGGGCUGCGACCGACAGGCGUCAGACCACGGAAAGCAAGCUCUGGCCGCCAUUCCUAGGGAGGUCAUGCGUGCGGAGGCACUUCUCUCCUCCGCGACCGUGUCGGGUAUUCCCCCGGAGGCGGCUUGCAACCAGGCCCGUAAGGCCCUGGCGCUGCUGGUGAAGGCGGCCGGGCUGCAGGAGCCGGUUGCCUGGACUUCCGAGGAGGUGGAGGACAAUGAUCUGGGUGUGGGAGUGCAGCGCUCCACCAUUGACGCCGUCAAGGACGCGGGCAUUGUUGCGCUGAUGGCUCAGAGCCACGGGGUGCUGGCGGAGUGCAAGUUGAAGGAGGCGGACGCGGAAGAAGCGGAGCGCAAGUCCUCCCUUCGCAGUGCCGAGGAAGCUGCUUCCCGAUUGGAUCGCCGUACAGAGAGGGGGGAUGCCUUCUACUCGCCCGAGCAGCUGGACAAGUACCGCAGCCAGGUGCAGGCAUACAGAAACGAGGCGGACAACCAUUUGGCGGAGGUUGUACGACUGGCGGGCGAGGCCGAGCGGUCGUACGACGCUGCGAUGUACUGCCUCAACCACGUCAUUGACAUUGAAGGCUCCAGGUUGGAGGAUUCUGUGGGUCGCGAGGGCAAGCUAUCCCACCCCACCUUCCAGGCGUUGUGGAAGAGGUCUCUGGACUUUUUUGCGGGCAUUUCUGCCGCGUACGCUGCUUUCCCGGGUCUUCCCAGGUUUGUCGUUCUACUAGCAUUUCCCGCCCUUCCGCGCUCUACAGCUUCUGCACACCCCGAAUUCCAUGCCCUGCUGCCUCACCUUACGCCUCCCUCAUCUUACACCUCCUUCAUCUUGAGCCCCACCGCCCAUUACUCUUUUCCCGCCCGGAUAGCUCUCCAAAGGAAGGACGCGGAGCGGCUGGGUGUCGUGAACGAGAUCCUGUCGGUUUUUGCGCAGUACGGCCAUGGUGGUUGGCUGCCCCCUGCUCGUCACAUCCAGGCCCUCAAGGACAAGGGAGCUCUACUGGUGGAUAAGAGGGAUUACGAGGGCGCCACCGCCUGUUACGAGGAGCUGACCAGUGUGGUUUCGGAGCUGUUUGUGAGUGACCCGAUGCGCAAGGAACUGCAGUUGGCGGAGGUGCUCAAACUGCGAGGUGACGUGGCGCUUGCCAGCGGCGACUUCCGUACAGCCCAGCACAUGUUUAACCAGGCCCUGGAGUACUAUCAGCGGCAUCUGGGGCUCCAGGCCCCGGUAGCCCAGGACCUGCUGCACCGCAUUGAUGAGGUGAAGGGCUACCUGGCGGAUACCCGAGUCAUGGGCAGACUGGCCUCACUGCCCUCGUCAUCGCGACAACAGCAGACCUCCAGCCCCACGCCCCCCGCCGGGAAUGUGGCGGCUGCUGCGGGGGCCAGUGGUGGGGGUGCGACAGGAGGUAGCAGUAAUGGUACUAGCUCUUCUCCGGGUCCUGGAUCUGUGGCGGGCGGUGGAAAUGGUGGUGGGUUGCGGUCCUCGGCUCCGUCAGUGGCAUCGCCCAGCGUCCGCUCCUCCGUCGACGGCGAGUCCCAGUCCCACUCCUAUUCCCAGCGCACCGGAGUCCCCGUGUCAUUGAAUUUGGGAGGCGGAGGGGCGACGGCCAGCCAGCGGCCUCCUUCUGCUCUCGGUCCUCCUUUAUCGGCACGCUCCGCCGCCACCAGCAGCGUCCGGGGUUCAGUGGAGGGUCAGGGCGGCGGCGGCGAUGCUGGCGGCGGCGGCAGCGGCGGCUGGGCGAUGCUCAGCCCGGCAGCGGCCUCCGCCGCAGGCGCUCAGCGUCGCAGCGGUAGCGAUCUGACCGGUCACAACUGGGCAGCGGCGGCGGUGGCGGCGACGCCGGCGGCGGUAGCCUCGCCGGCACCUUCGAGUCGGUCGUACCGCAGCGGCGGCGACGUGGGGCCCGGUGGCGGUGUGACGGGCGGUUUCUUUGCACCGGUGUCGGGAGGACCACCGUCAGUGUCUGGUGCGUCGCAGCGCAGCGGUGCGGCCGCUAGCGGCGGACUGGAAGACCGCAUGUACGGCAGUGUAGCAUCGCCGGCGGCUCAGUCGCACCGUAGUGCUUUUAGCAACGGAGCAGCUUCGCCGGCGGCUCAGUCGCAGCGCAGCGGCGUAGGUGGCGGUGGUGGGUAUGGCGGCAUGGCUGCGUCAACAUCACAGUCCCUGCAUAGCGCCGACUUUGCCAACCUGCGUGGGUACGGCAAUACGGUGCCGUCACACCCUCGAGCGAGCGGCGCCAUUGGUGGGGAUGAUGACGAAGCCACCGGUGGCGCGGACGAGUACGGUGUGUACGGCAACGCGUCGCCAGCGGUUGUCUCCGCCAACCGGCGCCUGGGCGGGAACAGCGGCGAUGUUGGGUCUCGGUCGCACCGCAGCGUCACUAGCGCCGCAAGUGGUGGCGGUGCCGCUAACGGUGGCUACGGUGGCCUGGCGUCACCGUCGGCGCGCUCGCAGCGUAGCGGAGUUGGCUUUGAUGCAGCUGAGUACGGUGGCGCAGCAUCGCCGGCGGUUCAGUCACAGCGCAGCGGCUACAGCGGGUAUGGCGGAGGUGGCGUUGCGUACAGCAGCAACUACGGCGGCGCAGGGUCGGCGGCGCCGCCGUCGCAGCGCAGCGGCGAGUUUAGUCAACCGGGCAGGAUCAACUCGAGCAGCAGCUUCCGCCGAUCAAACAACGACCCGAUGGAAUUUUAA